AUGACACCAGAUGAGCUAAAUUCCGCCAUCGUUACCUUUAUGGCCAAUCUGAAUAUCGAUGAUUCUAAAGCAAACGACACGGCUACUGUGGUCACAGAGUCCAUAGUUCACAGAUCAACAAAAUUGUUGGAAGUUGUCGUUGCGCUGAAGGAGUAUUUACUUUCAGAAAAUGAAUUAGAAAGAAAGAAUGCUUUGACGUGUUUAUCCACUAUUUUGGUCAAGAUCCCUAAAGACCAUUUGUCAAAGAAUGAAUGUUCAGUGAUUUUCCAGUUUUAUCAAUCUAAAUUCGAUGACCAAGCACUUGUAAAAGAGGUAUUAGAAGGGUUUGCUGCGUUAGCCCUAAUGAAGUUUGUCUCCAUUAACGAGAUAACCCAACUUUUAAGGCUAUUGCUAGACAAUUACCAACAAGGCCAGCAUCUGGCGUCCGUUAGACUCUUGCCUUUUGAGGUUCUAAAAAACAUAUUUGAUAGAUUCUUCGUCAACGCGUCGUCGAUUGGACAAGUUAAACGGAUCAACGAUUUAUUUAUCGAAACGUUUCUUCAUAUCGCCAACGGUGAGAAAGAUCCUAAGAACUUAUUACUAUCAUUUGCAUUGAACCAGUCUAUCACUUCCAACUUACAGAACGUGGCGAAUUUCAAAGAAGACCUUUUUGAUGUUUUGUUUUGCUAUUUCCCAAUCACUUUCAAACCACCAAAGCAUGAUCCUUAUAAAAUUUCCAAUCAAGAUUUGAAAGCCGCGUUGAGAUCCGCCAUUGUUGCAACACCAUUAUUUGCCGAGGAUGCAUAUAGCAACCUACUUGACAAGCUUACUGCUUCUUCACCAUUGGUGAAAAAUGAUACGCUUUUAACACUAUUGGAAUGCAUUAGAAAAUUUGGUGGUUCUUCUAUAUUAGAAAACUGGAAGCUACUUUGGAAUGCUUUGAAAUUUGAAAUUAUGCAGAACAGCGAAGGAGGCGAAAACACUCUACUAAAUCUACAUAAUCAGGAGAAAUCGAAUGACAUGGGCGAAUAUACUAAUUACGAAGCUUGUUUGAAAAUUGUUAGUUUGAUGGGACUGCAACUAUACGAUUUUGACAAAGUAUCGUUUGAGAAGUUCUUCAAUCAUAUCUUAGACGAACUAAAACCGAACUUUAGAUAUGAAAAAGACUUAAAGCAAACCUGUCAGAUUUUGUCUGCCAUUGGUAGCGGGAAAUUAGAAAUAUUCAAUGAGGUAAUUUCCUCCACCUUCCCGUUAUUUUUGAAUAACACAUCAGAAACUGCCAAGUUAAAACUGUUAAUUAUGAACUUGUCAUUCUUUUUUGACUCAUAUAUUGAGCUAUUUGGAAAAAUAUCUACAGAUCUCCCCGAAAAGUCAGUACCAAAUAAUAAACUGGAUGAAUACAAGGAUGAGAUAAUUAUGAUUUUAAGCAUGGCAUUGACCGGUAGCUCCAAGUCGGAGGUAACUGUGAGAACACUUUCUGUAAUCCAGUUUACAAAAAUGAUUAAGAUGAGGGGAUUUUUGACAAAAGAGGAGGUUUCGUUAAUAAUUCAAUAUUUCACAGAAACAGUAUUAACUGAUAGUAAUAAAAACAUAUAUUAUGCCUGCUUGGAAGGGUUGAAAACGAUCAGCGAGAUUUAUGAAAGUUUAGUUUUUGAAAUAUCAUUGAAAAGACUAUUAGAUUUAUUACCUGAUUAUUUUGGCGAAAAUAUUCGUGUAAAUGAUGAAGAAAAUAUUCAGAUUGAAACAAUUUUAAAAAUCAUACUCGAUUUCACCACCUCGAGGCAUAUUUUGGUUAAAGAAAGUAUUAGCUCCCUAGCAACCAAUUUGAAUACUGUGGCUAAAAUUUCCAAAUCCAAAGAAUACUGCUUUUUGUUAAUUUCAACUAUCUAUUCUCUUUUUAAUAAUAAUCAAAAUGGCAAUGUUAUCAAGGAGGAAGAUGCUCUCUCGCUCAAAAGAGCCAUUGAGCCCAAGUUAUUUGAGAUAAUCACCCAAAACUCUGCCGUUAGGGAUGACAAUUACAAUUUGACCUUGUUAUCGAAUGUCUUAUUCUUUAUUAAUCUGAAAUUGCCACAAGGAAUACAUCAAGAAGAACUGGACAAGUACAACAGCAUUUUCAUUUCCGAAGGAAAUAUAAAAAUAUUAAAUGCACCAACUUUGCUGAUUAUUCCAUAUGUCAAAAUCUUGUCUGCCAUGAACAAGACCUGUAUAUUUCCUCAAAAGUUAAAUAUUCUUACUGAAACCAUUCAACUAUUGAGAACACAUGGCUCAAUAAUGACAGAAACCGAGAAAUUAGGAUAUUUGGAACUGCUAUUAGUCUUAUCGAAUAAAUAUGUYCCCGAAAAGAACGUAAUAGAAUUAUUAGAUUGGAAUGAUCUAUCACUGAUCAAUCUAGAAAUAAUGAUAUGGUUGAGCAAAGGCCUAGUAAUGCAAAACUCUUCAAAAUCCUCCGAAACGGCUAAUAAAUUUAUCGGUUUAUUGUCUAAUGAAGAAAUUGGUUCAUUUGUGGCAAGACUAUUUGAAAUAUUUGUUGUUAACAUUAGUUCCCUACAGAAAUUCAAAGGAAUCAAUUGGAAUAAUAAUGUUAAAAUAUUGUACAAACAGAAAUUUUUCGGUGAUAUUUUCCAGACUCUAGUCAAUAACUACAAAACUACUGUGGAUAUGAACGUUAAAUGCAAUUACCUGACUGCGUUAUCGCUAGUAUUGAAACACACUCCAAGCCAGUUAGUGGGUCCGUUCAUUAGCGAUUUGUUUCCACUUUUAUUGCAAGCUUUGGAUAUGCCUGAUUCUGAAGUAAGAGUAUCCGCUUUAGAAACCUUAAAAGACACUACGGAUAAGCAUCAUAAACUAAUUACAGAGCACAUAAGUACAAUAGUUCCAUUAUUGUUAUCCCUUGUUCUUCCGCAAAAAUAUAAUAAUGUUAAUGUCAGGUUGAUAGCCUUGCAACUGUUGCAAAUGAUUACCAUUGUGGUCCCAUUAAAUUAUUGCCUAACUUAUCAGGAUGAAGUGAUAAGCGGGCUAGUGCCGGUUUUAUCUGAUAAGAAAAGAAUUGUAAGAAAGCAAUGCAUUGAUACAAGACAAGUUUAUUUUGAAUUGGGUCAAGUUCCAUUCGAAUGA